CCCAAAUCCAAAAUCCGCGAGAUAUUUACAUUUUCAAGUCAACCACAACGUCGACAGCGCAACAAUGGGUAUCGAUCUCGACGCUCAUCACGUUCGCAGCACGCACCGCAAGGCGCCUAAGAGUGACAAUGUCUACCUUAAGCUGCUGGUGAAGCUGUACCGCUUCCUGGCCCGUCGAACCGAGUCAUCCUUCAACAAGGUCGUUCUCCGCCGACUCUUCAUGUCCCGUAUCAACCGACCUCCGGUCUCGAUCUCCCGAAUUGCUGCGAACACCUCCGAGAAGUCCAACAACAAGACCGUUGUCGUUAUUGGUACAGUCACCGAUGACAACCGCCUCCUGACUGUUCCCAAGCUCAGUGUUGCCGCUCUUCGAUUCACUGCGACCGCUCGUGCGCGUAUCCUCGCUGCAGGUGGAGAGGCGUUGACUUUGGAUCAAUUGGCCUUGAGAGCUCCUACCGGAAGCAACACCCUCCUCCUCAGAGGACCCAAGAACGCCAGAGAGGCUGUCAAGCACUUCGGCUUUGGACCCCACAAGCACAAGAAACCAUAUGUUGAGUCCAAGGGUCGUAAGUUCGAGAAGGCUCGUGGACGUAGGCGGUCAAGAGGUUUCAAGGUCUAAAUCUGAUGACUCGGGAGAUGUUGGUGUUGACGAUUGGCUUUGGCUGGACAAGACAUCUGGAGAUGUGAUGGGCUUUGAUGAUGUC